AUGGAAGAAGAUUUUGUGGGAAUCCCGGUUGCAUCUAAGGAAAGGGAGAUUUGCUUUGGGGAGGACCUUGCUGCGUUUGACCUAAGCAAAGGCAUCCGUCGAAUUGAUACAUCCAAGGUGGAUACAUCCAAGGUAGAUACAUUCAAGGUGGAUACAUCCAAGGUAGAUACAUCCAAGGUGGAUAGACUGGAACUGCUAUAA